GAAACACUGUGUGAAUAUAUCAAAGUCCAAAAUGUCAAGUGCUGAAUGCUUCAAGAACCCACCAGUACUGGGCCCAACAUCUGGAGCAGGGACUCUCCUAGAACUUGGGGGACUUAAAACGUACUUCACUGGCCCAAGUGAAUCCAAGCAUGCCAUCCUUCUAGUCUCAGAUGUUUUUGGGUAUGAAAACCUAAAUUUAAGGAAACUUGCGGAUAAAGUUGCUGCAGCUGGAUUUUUUGUGGUAAUUCCUGAUUUCUUUUAUGGUGAUCCUGUUAAUCUUGACAAUCCGCAAUUUGAUCGAGAGUCGUGGCAUAAAGCUCACAGUAGGGAGAAAGGAUAUGAAGAUGCCAAACUAGUGAUUGCUGCUCUGAAGAGUCAAGGCAUUUCUGCCAUAGGAGCUGCAGGCUUUUGUUGGGGAGGGAAUGUGGUGGUGAAACUAGCAAAGACCAAUGACAUUCAAGCUGCUGUAAUUUUGCACCCUGGUCGGUUGACAGAUGAGGAAAUAGUUGAGGUUAAGGUUCCAACUGCAAUAUUGGGAGCUGAGAUUGACAAAACUUCACCCCCGGAACAAAUGAAACAUUUUGGAGAGAUUUUAUCAACUAAAUCUGAGUUUAAUAGCUUUGUGAAAAUAUUUCCUGGAGUGGCUCAUGGAUGGACAACAAGGUACAAUGCUGAGGAUGAAUCAGCAGUCAAGAGUGCUGAAGAGGCUCAUUUGGACAUGUUAAAUUGGUUUACCAAGUAUGUCAAUUGAAAAAGAUUGUUGGUACCAAACUACCCAAAAGAAUUGGCAACAGGGUUGCAACUAUUGUGGCAUGUAUAAAGAUGAUGAGCUUUUGAAGCCUCCACAACCCUAAGGGCCUUGGCAAACUCUCUUACUUCAUGAUAGAGGUGAAAUUUGAAGAUGUGGGCAGGUGGGUGAGAAUAAAAUGAUGUAUCCACAUAGUCUUUCUAGGCAUUUCUUAGAGUUUGACUGGACUGAAUAAUAGUAUAUGAUUGUGUAUGAAACAUUGAGACUGAGCAAGUGGCCUGUACUAUUAGCACACAUAGCAAAUGUUUGGUUUGUAAAAUCAUAUUUGGAAAGUUCAGAAUGA